AUGAACCUCUUUCGCAACGAUCACGAGAUGCAAACACAAAAUACCGGAAGAGGGAUUCAGCUAGCUGAAGACACUUGCCACAUCAAGCCCGAUACCGAAAAUCUCGCCCUCUUCGACAUCGAAUCAGUCUGGUGUUCUUUCUGCCAACGCCCACGAUUCGACGACGGUCUCAGCACCGAACUCUGCAUCUGCGUCUCUUUCACAUCCACCAACAACACAUGGCUACCCCAAGCGGUCGACAGCAGCGCAUUCCAGAGCCUCCAGCCUCGCCACUACGAUGCUGUUGAUAGCUGGCUGCAUGGCUCGGUAGAUGUCCAUGCGUGCGUUAGUUCGCAAACGAGUGCUUUCGAUGCGAUGACUGGCAUCUCCCCAAUUGCAACGAGUCUGGGAUUGUAUUCUCUGUCUACAUCAGGUGAAGAUGUUUCAUCGCCAGCAACCAGUAUCACGCCUAUGACGAGGGGAAGCAGCGUGACGAGCACAUCGAGCAGAACUCCUUCCCGUGAGCGCGAAUCCGAACGCAGCAGUCUAGAAAUGAACAACAGUGAUAGCUCAGAGUUCCGACGCAUGUUGAGUGCGAAACAGAGACGUCGCGAGCAGAACCGCAAUUCUCAGCAUAGAUUUCGGGAGCGCAGGAAUCAGGUGACGAAGGAUUUGCAGGAUAAAGUGGAUAGUUUGACAAAGAUCAAUGAGAUCUUGAACAAAGAGAUUGCUGCACUGAGGAAGAAGCUGGGUGGUGCUAGUGAGGGCAGCGAGGGGAUAGUAGGAGGAGUUUAG